AUGGUUCUCCCCGUGCUGGGGGCUCUGUACCCCAGGGCCGGGCUGAGUCUCUUCCUCCUGUACCUUGUCCUGGCGGCUGCGCUCUUCCGCCCCCAGCCGCUGAUGCCUCAGCAGGACGAACCCGAGGAACUGGCAGCCCCCCUGCAGCUCUCAGACCCACUUUCCGGCCUGGUGGACGACUACGGGGUUCGGCCCAAGCACCCUUGGCCCCGAGGGCCUCGACCCCUCCUCUCACGGGCCCAGCAGCGCAAGCGGGACGGGCCGAACAUGGCCGACUAUUACUACUAUGCAAACCUGUGA